UAACGUAUCAAGCCUAGCUAAAUAAACACGUACUUAAAUUGUAACAGAGCGAACAACAUACAAAUCGAUCAAAAUAUUAUUAUUGCAAAUAUGUGUUGACAUGUAGUCAUCAAAAAAAAACACAAUUCAGGUUUUUUUUUGUUGGGCAAUAUCCGUUUAAUUUUAUCUUUUUAAUAAAAAAAAGAAAACACAAAUUCAUCAAAAUUCGUAUGUGGUCAAAACAAAAUUCAUUGAAAUCGUGAAACUGUGUAUGUGGCUUUUUGUAUUUUAUUCGGUGGCCCAAUUAACAAAUUCUGAAUGGGAAUCAAACGAAAUUGACAGACACAAAAUAACAAUCAAAACGUCUCGCCACCUUCAAAUUUAUAUAAAUUAUCACACAUGUGUAUAAAAAAUGGGAAGCUAACACCCAUCAUAUGUUAAAUAAAACGUUGAUGACUUCGUCAUUGUUCGAUUUACACAUUCGUUUAGAAAAUUGCACAAACUAAAACUAAAAAUCAAUAUAAAAGCAUCGAAAUCAAUUUGAAAGCAAACGAUUUUUGCUCAAUUUCGAUAGAAUCAAAGUGUUUAUUACGGGGCCAAAUUGUAUUGUGUAUUUAUAUGUUAGUAAAUGUGUUCAAAAUACGCAAGCACAAGAUUGCAAUAGAAACGGUCGAUUGUCGUACGAUCCACAACACACAGUGACUUGUAUAUUAUGUGUUUAUGACUAAUCGCAAACAAUAACAAAACGAGAAACAUUUUAAAAGGAAUAAACAAUCACCUGAUUUAUAGAGAAUUUCGGAACGUUGUUUGACCGAAUGAAAUAAUAUUUCAUUAAAUUUUAACAAAAUCUGUCUUCAAAACAAAAAAAAAGUUAACUACGCCGAAGAAAAUUUAGGCAUAUACCAAAUAUAAAAAAAAGAAGUGCUUUAACUGGUAGUAAAAAAAAUAUAUAAAAAUGGCUGUUGGCAAUUUUACAUCAACAAAUUCAUCACAGCAAUUGAUGAAUGCGGACGCGGAAUCGGUGAAUGCAAUGGGUAGUGUAAUGUCAUCAAUCGAUGGCGACGAUGUCAACGACAAUUCAAAACGACCAAAUUCACGAAAUUCACAUCAAUACAAUGGAAUAUCAUCAGUAACAUAUUCGGAAUGGUUCUCAGUUGGUGUAUUAUGUUUUGUAAAUCUUAUAAAUUACAUGGAUCGAUUUACGAUAGCCGGCGUUCUGACGGAUAUCCAGAAAGAGUUCGACGUGGAUGAUGGCUAUAUGGGUCUAUUACAAACGACAUUUGUAUUGUCAUAUAUGGUUUUUGCACCAGUAUUUGGUUAUUUAGGCGAUCGGUAUUCGCGUCGUUGGAACAUGAUCUCAGGUGUGGCAUUAUGGAGUGCCACCACAUUAAUCGGAUCAUUUAUGGGUUCAUAUGGUUCGUUCACGUUAUUUCGUGCAUUGGUCGGAAUUGGUGAGGCUUCCUAUAGCACAAUUGCGCCAACAAUCAUUUCCGAUUUGUUCAUCAAUGACAUUCGCUCAAAAAUGCUAGCAUUAUUUUAUUUUGCCAUACCAGUUGGAUCUGGUUUUGGGUAUAUAAUUGGUUCAAAAACAGCGGCCGCAUUUGGAAACUGGAGAUGGGCGCUUCGCGUUACACCAAUUUUAGGAAUAAUUGCUUUAGUUUUAAUUUAUUUCACAAAAGAACCAGAACGUGGCCAACAUGAAGGCAGUCAUACCACAAAUACAUCAUACAAAGAAGAUUUAGUUGAUAUUUCGAAAAAUCGUUCGUUCAUGUUGUCUACAUUGGGUUUUACAUGCGUUGCAUUCGUUACCGGUGCCUUAGCUUGGUGGGGUCCAAAUUUUAUGUUGAAAGGUCUAAAAUUGCAGGAGGGAAACAAAGAUAUGAAAUUGGACGAUGUAUCCCUUCGGUUUGGUGCGAUAACAAUGCUAUCCGGCAUUAUUGGAGUCCCAUUAGGUUCUUACCUAUCCCAAAGGCUAAAAAAAGAUUCGUGCCGAAAUGAUCCAAUCAUUUGCGCUUGUGGUCUAUUUAUAAGCGCCCCGUUGUUAGCCGGCGCUAUAAUAUUGAUUACCGAAAACGAGGCGAUUGCCUAUGUAUUAGUGUUUAUCGGUGAAAUUGCACUAAAUUUGAAUUGGGCAAUCGUCGCUGAUAUUUUAUUGUAUGUUGUUAUGCCAAAUCGACGUUCCACAGCAGAGGCUUUCCAAAUCCUUAUAUCACAUGCAUUCGGUGACGCUGGAAGUCCCUACCUCAUUGGUGUGGUAUCAGUUACGCUGCAAACAGCACUGAACGCUGGAAGUGGUUUUGCCAAAAGCAGCGGUCUUCAUCAUCAAGGAAACUUGACGGAUUCACCACAGACGUUAGCUCAAACAUCAUCACCGCAUGAAGAUUUGGUUCAAUUCCAGUCAUUGCAAUAUGCACUCUUCAUAACCUGUUUCAUUGAAGUACUUGGCGGUGUAUUCUUCCUGUUGACAUCGAUAUACAUAUUAGGCGAUAAGAAAAAAGUGGAGGAUGCCAUUUCCAGUAGCCAAAUGCACGAAGCGACUUCUAGUCAACAAACAUCACACGAUCAAACGAAUCCAGAGAGCCGAUACAAUCCAGAAAUCGACAACUAUUAAGAGAUUAGGCAUUGAUUUUUUUUGUAGAGAAAAAAAUGAACCGAUUAGCUUAAGUUAUAGUGAAAAAAAUGAAAACAAGGGAAAGAAAAAGAAACAACCAAGUUAAUGAAUUCCUUUUGAAUCAAGCCUCAUUAGUAUUGCGCAUACAAUUGUUUAGUUUUUUCUGUUAUUGUAUGCUUCUCGACAUUAGCAUCAAAUGUGUUUUAAGCAAAGUCAUAAGUUUCAUUGAAUCAUUAUUUGACAUGCAAAAAUAUCCGUUUUUUGUAAGUUCCAUUUUCCAUGUUCACUCAUUUUCACA